GGAAAGUUAGUUGAGCUCUAGCCAUUGAAUAGACCGGUCUUUCCGAGUGUUGGCAUUUUAAGGAAAACUUUAGUUAUUAUAAUUUUAAAUUAGUUGGAAAAAAAACUCCAACCAAAAUUGAAUUACCGAGUUCUACUCUUAAGGAUGUAGACACUUUUGAAAUGAAAUCCAAGCCCAAAAAACUAUCCUCAUCAUCUGGGUUUGGAAGUAAUAAGUCUUCAUUGAAUGCAUCACAUCAUAAGAAUAUUCCAAAAUCAUCUUCGAUAAGAAAUAACCGAAAGGAACCAACAAUUAAGGAAAAGGAUAAAUUAGCUGUAGAGGACGAUGAUAAGGAUUUGAAUUCUGGUUUUGGAGAUUAUAUUCGAUCGCCUGAGGCGAUCGAAAUGAUGAAAUUGUUUGUUAUGGCUAAUUCCGUUGUCAUCAUUUUAACAAUGGCCUGGCCUAGCAUGAAGGAACUUUAUAAAAUGUUUGAAGAAUGGUACUUUUACAAAAAUAUGUAACACUCUAAAUCCAACAUAAGUCCCAAUUGAAAAGAAAACACUCCUAUACAAACACACCCACACACACA